AUGAAAUCGCGGGGAAGUAUUUUCUUUAAUGAACUCCCUUUUGAUAUUCCCGUGCCGAAUGGGCAUGUGGUAACCAGCCCAGAGGAAGCACAAACAGUGGUCUCGUCCAUUCAUGCACCAUCCGUCAUCAAAGCCCAAGUCCUUGCGGGUGGACGGGGAAAGGGAAAGUACAGCAGUGAUGGAAAAGGUGGAGUUCGCAUCGUGGACUCUCCGAGCGAGGCAUACGAUAGCGCAAGCAAGAUGCUGGGCUAUUACUUAACAACAAAGCAAACUCCUCCCGAAGGAUUGCUGGUGAAGAAGCUUUACAUAUACAAAGCCGUCGAUGUUGCCCAGGAAUUCUAUGUCGCAUUAACCUUCGAUCGCGAACGCGAGAUGCCCGUCCUGCUUAUUUCAGAUGCUGGCGGUGUCAAUAUCGAAUCCAACGUGAACAAGCUGCAGCGAUUCUGGUUUCACAUGCCACACGGUAUAGGUCCAGAGAUCAGAGCCUACAUACAAGCGCAAUUUGGAUUUUCCGAUUCGGAGAUGGCGGUUAUGUCCCACAUUCUUCACCAAAUGGUGGAACUUUUCGCGGAAAAAGAUGCCACGCUGCUUGAACUGAACCCCCUUGUACGCACACCAGAGGGUGAUUUUGUUUGCCUUGAUGCGAAAUUUACCUUUGAUAAUUCUGCUCGAUUCAGACAGAAAGGCCUUUUUGGUUUGGAAGAGCGCUCACCAGAAGAGGAGUUGGAAUUUGAGGCUUCUCAAUUAGGCCUUUCUUAUAUCAAGCUUAAUGGGAAUAUUGGAAAUAUCGUCAAUGGGGCCGGUCUGGCUAUGGCAACUAAUGAUUUGAUCAGUCUGUUUGGCGGGGAGUGUGCUAACUUUCUUGAUGUUGGUGGAGGAGCUACGAAGGAGACACUUGCAAAGGCAUUUGAGAUUCUGAAUGCUGAUACACGAAUUAAGGGAAUUUUGAUUAAUAUCUACGGAGGCAUUGUUCGAUGCGACAUGAUCGCAGAGUCUAUUAUUGCCGCAGCGGCCCAAAUGGGCGGGUUCAAGGUGCCUGUAGUCGUGCGCUUACAAGGUACUAAUUGCGACAAAGGGCUGAAACUGCUCGAAAAUUCUGGCGCUGAGAAUAAUAUUACGGUCGAAGCUGAUUUCGAGGCCGCGGCGGAAACGAUUGUUCGAUUGACUAGUCAUUCUAAGCAGUGA